UCAAAGAAAACGCUCUUGGAAUUGUCUGGCAACGCCACGCAAAUGUCAUUCUGUGAUGCACCGACAACAAACAACAAACAAAGCAAAUUUGCGUUAGGUGCUGCGCAGUUGACAUUAUUUAAACGCACAGUAAACAACAAAAGAUGGAUACAGAAGCAACAGGCGCAGCUAUACAGACCAGUGGACAGCACGGCUACAAUCAGGACACAGAUGAACUGCUCGAUCCAGUACUGUUUUCGGACAACAAUGGUUCAUUUAAGCUGAAAACUGUGCCCGCAUUCAGCAUACAUUUACUUAUCUCGACAAUCAUUUCGUUUGUGGGCAUUGGCCUCGCGGCGCUCUUUCCCGAGGAGCGCCGUUGCGAGGCCUAUUUUAUAAUGCUUUACUUACGCGCUACAUUCUGGGUGAUCACAUUUAUUUUCGAUCACAUUGUUAAGAAGCAGCAUGACGACUUGCGCAUGAAUGGUUAUCAUGACUUUCAUCGGGAUACGAACAUGCAAAAAGGAAUUCCACUGCAAAUAGUUUCUUUAUGGAACUCCAUGCUGUUGGCUGUUCAGGCGCUGAUCCAUCACUAUUAUGGCGAUCAGUUUUAUACGCAUUGCGCUGCCGGCUGGCUUUCGCCCAUAAGCUAUGUAACUACUUUCAAUGUGGCGGAGAAUUUGGUCCUCGCUUUCACCCAUGGCUGCUAUAUUGAUAAGGUGCGUAAAUUUAACAAAGCUAAACUGUCGCCAGAUGUCUUGCGUGGCGCUGAUCGUGCCGGCGGCUCACUGGGACUCAUGCAGCCCGGUGGUGAUACAGCAGACCUACUUGAGAAGCAAGCCGAUCUUAUUGCCUACUUGCGGGAUCAUACCCACAAGCUCAACCAGAAACUGCACCAAAUGCAAACGAAUGUGCAUCCAGUGCGUGUGCCACAAAUUCCUUAAAACCCAAUGGAGCAUGACGAGCAAUACGUAUUCCUUUCUACCCGCAUCGUAUAUACAAACAUAUAUAUUUUACUUUAUUAUUAUGACUUUGAUUUCUAUUUAGUUAUUUUUUAAGCGACGAAGAAAUAUUCUUCACUCAAUAUGAUCGCUAAAACACAAUAACACAGAGCUUUACCUUAAACAUUUUUCAAGUGU